AUGGAGUUCGCUCUCGUAGACGGCAAGAACUUCCAUCCGGAUUGUUCUACACUCGUCCUGGUACGAACCACCCAUCCCCCCCUUUCCCCCCAUGCCACCCCCAAACUCCCGCGAGCAGAGUCUGCAAUUUCUAGGGUAUUAACGCUCGGUACCGACGGACUAUCCCUCUCAUUCACGUUGGGUGUUGCCUUUUGCAGCCGGCACUGUCGAUUGGUAACGUUGGCCAACUGUCGGUGGAUCUCCUGGUGUCCUCCACUGCUGCCGAGCGCGUAGCCUAUCUGGACGAGCCUUCUGUUCUCCCUUGCGUUGGCAACAACGCCUACAGGCUGGUGCCCGAGGGUGACCUCGCCCUUCCCCUUGAAGGUGCGUCUCUGCCCUUCCUCUCCGACGCGCCAUUCAAAAGAUGUCGUUCGACUAUUUCUGUACAUUUUUUUCUGCCCUGUUUUCCUGACGGAUUGCUCUCAUCUCUGAAUGGUGCAGAGAGCAACUGUAACUAGAAGCUUUUUAUGCUUCGUGGGACUGAAAUUAACAUCACACAACCUGGAUUUUCUGCUGAAAUUGAAAUAGGAACUGAUUUCUUGUAAACUAGGCUACUUUUGAUAUUUCCCAUUCUUCCUCGAUCAUGAUAUCUUAUAAUUACUGAAAGCAUAAAAAGCGCGGUAAAAAGUCUAUCUAUUAUAUUUUUUUAUCAGCUCGUCAAUAUGGUCAUUGUGAUCUUCGUUAAUAUCUGGAUCAUCCUGUAUGAUGUCUACCAAAUAUUUGGCGCCAUCUUCGUCUUCACCGUGUGGAACAUUAUAUUUUCUUUCUCAAUGAGCAUCUAGGAACAUUGCCAUAUGCUGUUGACUCCCUCUUAACUCUCAUUUCCUCUAGCUACCUAUCAUCAUCUUCCAGAAUUGGAUAUUCCAUUUUGAACGAUCGAAUUCAGUAAUGCUUGUGAUAUGUAUGCUCUGGUAUUUGUAUGUAGUUUCAUAUAGCUAGAUUUCUAUUUACAUAGUGCUUUUGCAUAUAUGGUAAGAAAUAAUUGUUUCACAUAGAAGUUCAUUCUUUACUCGGUUUGGCACAUUGCAGCAUAUGACUCUCCUUCCAAUGGACUAACUUUUAUCCAGCAAAGAUCUCCAGUUGUCAAGGUAAUUUUAAUGAAUCUUUUCAGCAAAUUUUAGUCUUGGAUCCUGCACUACAUUUCACCCCUUGUGAUACUAGGGGAUUACUCAACAUGUGACGGAGCUCAAUGAAACCUGUCUAGAGAGAGAGAGAGAGAGAGAGAGAGAGAGAGAGAGAGAGAGAGAGAGAGAGGGAGAGAGGUUAAAAUUUUCUCCAUAAGUCUGUAUCGUGCUAGAAUUUGAUCAGGGAGGUAAAUUGCUUGAACUUUAUAGGGGAUGGAAGAAUUUUUCUUAAGGACUAUUUUCUUUCUAAAACCACAAUAUAGAUAUAUUCUGUCGAUAAUUAGAUGGUAAAUAUUACAUGCAUUGUGCAUGUGCUGCAUCUUCAAGAAGUUAUAUAUAUACUGGGGGAAGUAUAUGUUCAUUGAAAAAGAACACAAACUCAUGACGAAGAACCAAGUUGAAGUGGAAUUGGUUAUUAUUUGACUGAAGGUUGUGACUAGGCCAAGUAUAAAUUAUAAUGAUUUUUAAUCAUUUAAUUAUUAUGGUUAUUAUUAAAAGAGAAUAAUUCUUUCUUUGGUGAAUUAUGUUGACCCAGUAACUAGAUUGAGAGGAAUCAAUAGGCAGCAUCUGGAGGAUAUUAAUGGAGCACUGCAACCAGGAGAAAUGAAAAGAUAUUGUCAAUGAUUGACGGAUUGAGGAUCAUAAAAAAUAGGAGUUUUGAACAACAGGAUCUCUGGAUUAAUAAGCGGCAAGCAUGAUCGUGGACCAAGAAAUAAUGCCAGUAAUAAGAUCUUCGAUUCCUCUUAUGCCAUAUAUUUGUGUCAGAACGAAUACUUUUUUGAAGAAUGAAGCGAAGUAUUUUCUAUUUGAGGAGCAUGAAAAAUGAGAAAAAUUUCACUUCUUGAAUGAUAAAACUUUGUGAGUGGGGUUUGAGAAAAUUGGUCACAUCUUUAAGCACUUCACGAUCAGCUACCUAGUCAACGAAGUUGAGUAUCAGUCAUCCUUCUACACAUUCUUGAGCCAUCUGCAUUGUGAUCUUUCUCUUCUUGUUGGGAAGAUAACUACUGAAUCAUCCUGCUAAUUCUGCUAUCCCUUUCUCAGGGAUUGAUGCUUGACUUUGCCAAGAAUGUUGCCGAUUUUGCCGCUUCUAUCGGAAAGAAGCACAUUUUAAUCCUCUCGAGUUUAGACUCUGGAAUCAGGAAAAGAAUUCAUGCUUCAAGGUACAUGGAAUUUGAGAUAUUCGCAAAUACAUACAAUUUUUUGUGUACAUGUAUUAUAUGAUCAUAUCACUCCAAUGCCAUUGCGAUUAACGGGCACUUAUCUUCUACAAAAUUUACCCACCUGCUCCCAUUUCUUACAUUUUUUCUUGACGGUUCAAUCCCAUCAUUCCAGUGAUGUACAGAUCUACUAUAUUUCAAGCACCUCUAGCGAAGGAAACGAUGAGGAAUGCGAGAGAUUAGGAUGGAAAAGGCUGGAAGAGUAUAGCCCUUCUCAAAGGCGAUGGAUGUACCUCCACUCGCUUGCAGAGGGUAAUCCAUCGCCAGAGCUGGCCUCCUUUGAAGAUGAUCUAGAAGACGAUGACUACUGCCCGGGUUUGCCAUUUGCAGCAUUAUUCUGCUUCUGCAAGGUGCAGUUGAAGUGAAGACUGAACAAGAAGGUUGGUUCUUGAUCUUCUGCCUGCUUGAGGUUUACGUUCUUCCCUGUUUCUUCCCUUUCUUCCUGAAUCAGGCAAAGGGCUUGAAGGUCACUUGUGCGCUAUGCUACUGCUCAGAAGGAGACAAUGUGUCAGAUUCUCUUCAGUUAGCCGGAGCUGCCUGCAGCCUUCUCGGGCUAAGCCUAGAGAAGCUUCCCGGUCAGCCCUCAACAUAUUUAUAUUUAAAAAUAAAUAAAUUGAACCAUGUUGCUUCUCUAGCUGGGAUUACUAUCGCACAAACAGUUUAUUUACAUGGGUUUUUAUAAAAAUGGUUCCUUCCCUUUGUUUGCUACGAUUAUUAGAUAAAUUCCUGUAAUCGUUCGUUGACCCAUGGUCUGACUGAUAAACUCAUACGGAGAGCUUCCACUCCUUUGCAGGCACGGAGGGUGGCGGCUGGAUAAUCCCAUGUUCAUGGCAGAAUAUGUACGGUCCUCCUCCGGAUCUGUCCAUCUUCUAG